AUGUUGGGGUGUAGGGCCGUCUCCCACUCCCUGCUCGCCCUCCGCGCUCCUCCGAAGACUUCGGGAUCGAUAGAUCCUGCGGCGAUCGGCCUGAAAGGCACGGAUUUCCUCUCCGGGGCUCUGGUGAAGUCUUCCUGCUCCUUGUUCUCCGUUUCUGCUGGACGGAGGAAGCGUGGAUGUAAGCGAAUGGCCUCGAAUUCUUCGGUUAUUCGCGCGUCUGCUCCGAAGCUGGAGAACGUGGACGAGCUUAUCGAUUCAGUUGAGACGUUCCUCUUCGACUGCGACGGUGUGUCAAUUCUCUCUCUCUCUCUCUCUCUCUCUCUCUCUCUCUCUCUCUCUCUCUCUCUCUCUCUCUCUCUCUCUCUCUCUCUCUCUUGCUCGCUAUAUAUAUAUGUAUGACAGAAAUUUGAGUUCUGCGUCAUACUGUUUGUGUGUUUGUCUAAUCGUUUUCUUUGUUCUAUCAGCUCGCCAAUCAUAUCUAAUUUCUAAAUUGUUAGACACGGGUGGUUCGCAUAUUUUCAAUAUUAUUUUCCUUGUACUUUUCGUAAUGGGAGCUUUUGUGUAAAAAAUUGUUGCCAUUGUUUCAUAGGAGUUAUAUGGAAAGGGGAUAAACUGAUCGAUGGGGUACCCGAAACACUCGACAUGCUGCGAUCCAAGGUAAACCUUCGGUCAUCCUUAUGUUGAUUCUUUUUUUUUUUCCUUUUUUUUUUCUGCUACUAAUCAUUUGAUAAGAUUUGAAGAAUGGAAGCUUGACUACGGAUUGUGGAUGCUGAUUAUGGUGUAACUUUACUGGUUUAAACUUUUGUAAUCGUCCAGGGUAAAAGGCUUGUUUUUGUUACAAACAACUCAACAAAAUCCAGAAAACAGUAUGGAAAGAAAUUUGAAACACUCGGACUCAGUGUCGGUGAGGUCAGUCAUUUCUUGUGACGUUCUUCAUUAAGUCGCCUAUAUCUGCACCGUACGCUAACAUGUAGCCUCUUUUUCUCUAUUUUAGGAGGAGAUUUUUGCAUCCUCUUUUGCUGCGGCUGCCUAUCUAAAGUCAAUUAACUUCCCUAAAGAUAAAAAGGUCCGUCUCAUUGAACAUAUGAACUGUGUUAAGUUCUUGAAAGUUGAUUUGUAUUUUUGCUUCCCUAAAGAAAGUUCUCUACUUUUAUUAUUAGUAGUCUUAUUCUCACUUAGCCAGCACGUUUUGAUUUUUCUUCACUUUCUUUGAAGAAAUAGCCAUUCAUAGUUUUUUUUUUCUUCCGUGACAGACGUUUUCAGUCUUUCUGAAUAAUUAGCUUGCGUCUAUAAAAUUCUCAUCUUUGUAAGUUAUUUUCAUCAGAUUUCCAGUCAAACACAAAAAAUCUGAAAUUGAAUGCAACUGAUGGCAUUGACUCAUUUAUGCUUAUGCUACAAUGAGGAAUAAUAUUUUCCAUCAGUGUCUGUUGUCCACUAGGUUCCUUUUCAUGGAUUUCCCUGCUACUUUUCCAUCAGAAAGUCUGGGCCUAUUAAUCUUUCGACAAGUUUAGGUUUAAUGAACUUAUGAGACGUUGUUAUUAUUUUUUCUUCGUUCAGCCUCUCUGUGUGUUUCUGCGUGCUUCUGUGUUUUCGUUCUGCAUUUCCCAUGCGUUCUCUUGUCCUAGACUUCUCUGCGUAUAUAAAUGACAUCUGAGUGGGGAAAAAAUAAUAUCUAAGCUUUUUCUUCCCUCCUAUUUCAGGUUUAUGUAAUCGGUGAAGAUGGUAUUUUGAAGGAACUAGAGCUUGCUGGCUUUCAGUAUUUUGGAGGCCCGGUAUAAUGAUCUUUUGCCAUGCUUGAAAAUUAUGACAACAUAAGAUGCAUAGUAAAUGUGAAUUUUCGAAGGAAGAUACUAUAUUCUGCAUAUCUGGUCCGGAUUUUCAGUAAUCGAUUCUGUUAUGUGUAUUUCCUUCUUCAACAUUACUUUUUGAAUUUUAUCAUUUCAUCGAGGUACUCAUUCUUACGUAAUAUAAUGAAGAAAAAGCUUAAAACUUCAUGAUCCCAGAAUUUAGUUUUAUUUAUAAUUUAUAUUUAUAUAUUAAUAUAUUAUAUAAUAAUAUUAUUAUAUUCUAAUAAUUCUAAAUUAUUAGAAUAUAAUAGCAUAAUUAUAAUUGCAUUUUAUAUAGGGCGAACGAUGAUUUUAAAAGGAUGUCGUAUACAUAAACCCCCAUGCAGUCGUGUAUCAUAUCAUGGAAAGAUGGCCGUCAUGGUCCUUUGAUAUGCGGCUCCAGCAUUUUGAAGUCCGAAUGGCAGACACAAUAUCUUGAGUACCUAAGAUGGUGACUGCAUCUGCUGGCAUGUGAUGUUUGGACAUGGAUUUUGGAAUUUACUUUCCAAGACAAAUGACGGAUAUUUUUGUAAUUACUGGACCGUAUAUAUAUGCAGUGAGUAUAUCUCGGAGGAGGAACAAAAAAUAUAAAUAUAAAUUUUGCAUGGUUGUUUUACCUUUUGGGUUCCUUAAUUUGGAUAGUUUGAUGAGAUCCUCAGAAUAUUGUUUCAUAAAAUAAGCAGUUUUAAACUUUGAGGCACACAAGAGAAAAUGUACUAAUGGAUUCAGAUUAAUCUUGUUACAUCUGGCUUAUUCAUUUGACCCUAGCUAAAUCAGAAUACGUAAUGCCUUUCUACCCAUUUCCCAAAUUAGAUGAAAAUAUCCAGUCACUUUAUUCGUUGCAUCCCAUCCAUACAUCCACACACACACACACACAUAUAUAUAUAUAUAGAUGGAAUCUCUUUCUUCGGUGUGCUGCCAUUUCACGGAAGAAUCUUAGAUGCACAGGGUGCAAUAGGAAUGCUAUUAUUCUCUUCCUCACAAGUACACUGCUCAAUUCGGUGAACCUUUGUAAUGAAGUUUUACUCUUCAUAUUCUCCAUUGUUCCGUGCUUUUAAUUAUUAAUUAUUUUUGAAAUACUACACCAUAUUUUCUUUAGUGUUGGUCGCGUUUUCCUGUACAAAUCUUCAGGUAGCAUUGCAUGAGGGAUAAUUGUUACUUAAAAAUUUAAAAUAUUACUUUCAGGCAGAUGGUGAGAAGAAGAUAGAGCUGAAACCUGGUCUCCUGAUGGAGCACGACGAAAAUGUAAUAUUCUUUCUCGUCUCAACUGAGCCCAUAGUCUCUUAUCCAGUCUUUGUUAUUCCUCCUUUAAGAUCCUCCAAUAAGAUACUACGGCAUUGUCUCCCUUCAUCUCCCAUCAAUCUCAUCAGCCUCACACGGACGUGUUCAUCCAUGCAGGUCGGUGCUGUUGUGGUCGGUUUUGAUCGAUACUUCAACUACUACAAAGUUCAGUAAGUUGUUCUCACCUUUUGACUAAUUUUUUUAGCAUAAUUGACCCAGUUGACUCCGCUUUGCGUUGGUGAUAAGUAGAGCAGCUUAACCGAGAAUCAGCUGACAGAAAUGUCAUCAUUCCAUGAUAUUUUAAAUUUUAUAGCUUAAAUAAUAAAUAAUCUCAGAACCACUGAUUAAGCUACACGAUGACAUAAAUAGAACUGUGUGAAGUUAUCUGAAAUUAUACCAUAAAAAGUCAUAUCUAAAAUCACAUCCUAGAAAAGAUAUUUUUGGGGGUUAAUGUUUCCUAUAUAUGUUAUUAUUAAAUGUUAGGUAUGGAACGCUUUGUAUACGUGAAAAUCCUGGGUGCCUCUUCAUAGCAACUAAUCGGGACGCCGUGACUCACCUGACAGAUGCUCAAGAGUGGGCAGGUUUCCUUCUGAACAUUGCUCUGAAUUUUCCUUUCCUUUAUUAGUAUGACAUUAUUUCAUCAAGGAGGGGUUCCACGCCUUACUUCCUUUUGACACCAUUACUGAGGGCUAUGCUCAUCAUUUGUAAUUUAUUUUUUUCCGAUUAAAAGGGGGCGGUUCCAUGGUUGGUGCGCUCUGUGGCUCGACUCAACGAGAGCCUCUUGUAGUGGGGAAGCCCUCGACUUUCAUGAUGGACUACCUAGCGAACGAGUGAGAGUUUUGUCCCCUUAAUGUGAUUCAAUGAAAAUAAAUAAAUAAAUAGAUUUGGUUUAAGUUGAGUGUUCUUGGCGAUGGCAGGUUCGGGAUCAGCAAGUCCCAGAUAUGCAUGGUGGGCGACAGGCUGGACACCGACAUCUUGUUCGGUCAAAAUGGCGGCUGCAAGACCCUCCUUGUCCUGUCAGGUAAUCCCACCUCUCCAAGAUCCGGUCGUUCGACUGCAUUUCCAUUCUUAGAAUAGUCCCACAUCGAAUGAGUUGGAUUAUACGGCAAGUGCUCCAUCUUGUCUUCUGUCUCAGGUGUGACGACCCUCGACAUGCUUCAGAGCCCCAAGAACUCCAUCCAGCCGGACUUCUACACCAACCAAAUAUCCGACCUCCUCCCUAUCAAAGCCGCCGCUGUUUGA